GGGGCGGGCACGGUGUCCCAGGAGGACAGAGUUUGCAUUGAUGAAAACCCUUCCCAGCCCUUUGAAGCCUCUUUCCUGCUGCCUGAGCCCAGCCGCUUAGUCCUCUGUGCCCCACACACUGUUCACUCACCGCCAGGAUGGCAUCUUGUCUGGCCCUGCACAUGGCGCUGCUGCUCGUCUCUGGGGUCCUAGCCCCCGCGGUGCUCACAGCAGAGGGUCCCCAGGAGCCCAGUCCCACCCUGUGGAACGAACCCAUUGAAUUGCCGUCGGGUGAAGGUCCCUUGGAGAGCACCAGCCACAGCCAGGAACUUGCAGCCUCAGGCCCACCAUUCCCCACCUCUGCCCCAGGACCAGAGGACAACACCCCUCCUGCAGGUGCGGACCAGGACGGAGGAUCGCUCGGGCCCGGCGCCAUUGCGGCCAUCGUGAUCGCCGCCCUGCUGGCCACCUGCGUGGUGCUGGCCCUCGUGGUCGUCGCGCUGAGAAAGUUUUCUGCUUCUUGAAGCUAAUAAAGGAGCCGCGCCGGCCCGCCCGCCCGUGGCGACUCUGCAA